AUGAUGCGCCUCCCGCGUGUGCUGAUUCAUCCGAUGCGGCAGAGCAGACGAGAGCACGCAGCAGCGCUGUGCACGUUGCUGCCCGUGCUGCAGUCUGCUCUGCUGCUGCUCGCGACUGUUGGCUUUGCGGCCUCUCUGGAAGCGCAAUCGCAGCGUUCAUAUCUCCUGCGCAGGCCUCCCCACUCCCUCGCGCGCCUCUUCCCCCGCCCACCCUCCUCCACGUGGCUGCCCCCCUGGCAGCGCAGGGGGCACGCGCAGGGCAGAGUGCUUCUAGGGGAGACGGGGCAUGUGCUGACGGCGGCUCUUGUGCACCAUACUGCUGUGCAUGGAUGUGAUGCUGAUCAUGCCACAUACCACAUGCGCCUGCGCCACCGGGACAAGCACCGCAUGCUCACGGCCUUUGCCCCCCCGGCACCCACAAGAGCAGCAGCAGCUGCUGCUGCCACUGGUGCGCGCAGACUGCAAGAUUCGCCUGCAAGCGCAGAAGCAGGUGCAGGUGGCAGCGGCAUUGCAACGUUUGACCUGGGAGGGCGAACCAUCCCAUAUGGGCUGUACUAUCUGAACGUGUCGCUCUCAUCACCUGCGCGCUCCUUCUCAGUGGUGUUUGACACGGGCAGUGACAUGCUGUGGGUGCCGUGUGACUGCAUCCAGUGUGCCACCAACUCUUCCCUCGUUCCUCUCAGCGCCCCCUACCGACCGGAGAACUCGCUCACAGCACAACCCGUCAGCUGCAGCAGCCCUCUGUGCCCCACCGGCCGCCCCAACAUCGGCUGCGGCGUUGCCCCCAACCUCACCCGCACAGUCCGCACUCCCACCACCAUCUCCCGCUCUGCUCAGCCCAACUCUCCCACCAGUGGGGUUCCAGAGCCUCUACCACUCUCAACCUCCUCCAAUGCCUCUGAUUCUCUGACAGGCUCCCUGCCCCUGGCGGCUGCUGAUUGGCCUGCUCCCAGUGAGACGUGUCAGUAUGUGAUUCGCUACGGGGAUGGCAGCAGCACGGAGGGGACCCUGGUGACUGAUGUGAUUAACCUGAGUGUGACGCAAGCGGGGUUGGGUGGAGUGGCAGCUGCCACGUCAGCGCCGUCGGCUGUGCCAGGCGGCGGUCAGCCAUUGGAGGGGUCGGCAGCAGGGAGUGGGAGCAGUGUUAUCAGCCCACGUGUGCUGUUUGGCUGCUCCUCACUGCAGACCGGCACGCUCAUCAGCAGCCCCUUCUCAGUCGACGGCCUCAUGGGCUUUGGCUCGGGCCCGCGCUCCGUCAUCCGCCAGCUCUCCUCCUCACCCUUCUCUCCUUCCUCUGCGUCCUCCUCCUCCCCCUCCUCCGUCACGGACUCGCCAACACAAGUGGCAGCCUCCCCUGCAGCAGCAGCAACAGCCGCGGCAGCAGAGGCAGCAGGCACAGGGGCAGGAGCAGGGCAGCAGGAAGCAGUAAUGCCGUUUGCCUUCUCCUUCUGCCUGGACGGGGGGGACACGGGGGGAGGCCACUUGGCAAUUGGCCGAUCGGAGCAACCGGCGGAGAUGCAGACGGCAGCGCUGUGGCAUGUGGAUGGACUCCCGUACCAUUACAUCAACAUCAGUGGCAUGAGCAUCGGAGGCCGCCAGGUGGAGGGCGCUGAUUCGCUGUCAACAGUGGACGCGGCCAGCCUGGCGGGCGGCGUCAUCAUUGACAGUGGCACCACCUUCACUGCACUGCCACCCGCCGUCUACACCUCGCUAAAGGAUGUGGUGUUUUCGGACCCUCUUCUCUCUGCCUUUCCUGACCCCACCCUCGGGGAUUGCACCUUCUUUCCCAGCAAUGCCACCCUCUUCGACUCGGUCUUUCCGAACCUUCUUAUCAGCUUCGGCAGCACGACCUGGGCCGUUCCACCCACCAACUACCUAUUCCUCGGGGGCUUCAUGGAGCGCACCGGCAUGGCUCUGCUUUGCUUGGCAGCCCUCCCCAUUUCCUCCUCGCGUGUUUCCGCCAUCAUUGGAGAGUCGUGGCUGCAGAACUUUUACAUCCUCAUGGACGAGGAGAGAGGGCUGUUCGGCUGGCACCCCCUCAAUUGCUCUACUGGCCAGGAGCUUUUCCGAACGUCACUUCCGCAAGAAGGUAACCCUGCUCCUGCCACGCCCAACACCACAGCACCCAGUCGCGGGCAUGGGCCAGAGAGUGUGCGCCCGUCGAGUCCGAGUCAAGGCGCACAAGGCGAGCCACUCUCAACACCGGAGGCAAAGGCUCCUCUCCCCUCCCUCUCGUACGCGCCCUCACGCCAGCCCAGCACAGCACAGCACAGCGCAUUGCACACGCGCCCUGCCAUGGAAGUCAACCAACAGGAAUGGCCGGCUGGCUCAGUGGAAGGGGGAAGGACGUUGCUGCAGGAGCAGCAACAGGAGGAGCCUGGGCAGAGAGGGGUGCGAUCGCUGCAGGAGCAGCAACAGGAGGAGCCUGGGCAGAGAGGGGUGCGAUCGCUGCAGGAGCAGCAACAGGAGGAGCCUGGGCAGAGAGGGGUGCGAUCGCUGCAGGAGCAGCAACAGGAGGAGCCUGGGCAGAGAGGGGUGCGAUCGCUGCAGGAGGUAGAGGAGGAGGCGAGGCGGCAGGUGGACCCGUCUGUCUUCCUCAUCCUCCUCAACUGCGCCUCACCAGGCGUUCCUGAAGAACAGCUGGCGGUGCACUUCUCGUCGCGCUUCAACCGCAGGCCCCACCCUAACAGCGCGCUUGAGAAGAUGAUGCACACAGAGUGGCAGAGGCGCAAGGCGCAUCAGCCAUCGCUGUACAAUGGGUCCAAGUUCAGAUAUGGUGGGUUCUCGUUGCAUCCCCCAUCCUCCGCCACCUCCCCCGCUGCUGCUGCUGCUGGGGCAUCGGAAGCGCCUCAAGGUUCAGAAGCAGCGGAGCGAGGUGUGCAGGGCAGCCCUCGUGUGUGCCUGCACCUGGGUCUCACGGAUUACAAAAGCCUCAUCACGACCAACCUCUGCUCCGACUGGCGAAGCUUCCUUGCGCCUUCCUUCUCCGGCAGCACUUUUGCCAAGCGCCUGAAAAUAGCUGAGGGGGCGGGCAGGGGUGGGGCAGGAGGAGCCGACGGGGUGGCUGAUGAAGGGGAGAGCAUUGAGGGGGCAUGCAGGGACCAAGGCGUGGGAGGGGGUUCCAGGGAGUGUGGUGCUGGCAGGGAUGUUACUGAGAUGGCGCAGGAUGGUGAUGAGCCUGGCAAUGCUGCUCCUGCUGCCACUGCUUCCGCUGCUGCUACUGAUUCCCAAGAAUGCCACCAUCCCAAAGAGUCUGGUGAACGUAUGGCUGCCUGUGCCACGUGUCAGCAGGCCAUAGGCCAGCGAGACGCGCAAGCAUGCCAGCAUAUGGGGGACGCGCUGGGAAAUGCGGCCCUGGUGGUGACGGCUGAUGGGUGCUUCCUGCUGCUGCAGCGCGGCACGGCUGUGGGCGAAUUCCCAAACUGCCCAGUUUUCCCUGGAGGACACCCGGAGCCAUCAGAGGCAGGGAUCUCUGACACACCACAAUCUCUCCCCGCCCAACACCACCCUACCAACCCGCAAUCCUCCACCACCCCUGCCUCUCCUCCGCUGUCUUCUACCGACUCCCCCUCCUCCUCGCCCUCCCUUCUCAACGCCACGAUCGCACAUGAGAUGUUUGAAGGCAUGAAGCGAGAGGUAGAAGAGGAGACCGGCGCCCCUGCCGACUCCCUUCACGGCAUGCUAUUCCUGGGCUUGUGCAGACGAAGGGAGAACGUGCGAUCCCUCGCCAUGUUCCUCUGCCACACCUCCCUCACAGCACCAGAGGUGCUCUCUUGCUACGCCUCUGCACAGCACAAGUUCGAAUCCACUAGCCUCAGAGCCGUGCCACUGGUACGUAUGGGGGAUGGUAUGGCUGGGGAUGUGCUGGUACGGUGGAUGGUAUGGCUGGGGAUGUGCUGGUAUGGGGGAUGGUAUGGCUGGGGAUGUGCUGGUAUGGGGGAUGGUAUGGCUGGGGAUGUGCUGGUAUGGGGGAUGGUAUGGCUGGAGAUGUGCUGGUAUGGGGGAUGGUAUGGCUGGGGAUGUGCUGGUAGGGUGGAUGGUAUGGCUGGGGAUGUGCUGGUACGGGGGAUGGUAUGGCUGGGGAUGUGCUGGUAUGGGGGAUGGUAUGGCUGGGGAGGUGCUGAUACGGGGGAUGGUAUGGCUGGGGAUGUGAUGGUAUGGGGAAUGGUAUGGCUGGGGAUGUGCUGGUAUGGGGGACGGUAUGGCUGGGGAUAUGCUGGUAUGGGGGAUGGUGUGGCUGGGGAUGUGCUGGUACAGGGGAUGGUAUGGCUGGGGAUGUGCUGGUACAGGGGAUGGUAUGGCUGGGGAUGUGCUGGUACAGGGGAUGGUAUGGGUGGGGAUGGGCUGGUACAGGGGAUGGUGUGGCUGGGGAUGGGCUGGUACAGGGGAUGGUGUGGCUGGGGAUGGGCUGGUACAGGGGAUGGUGUGGCUGGGGAUGUGCUGGUACAGGGGAUGGUGUGGCUGGGGAUGGGCUGGUACAGGGGAUGGUGUGGCUGGGGAUGGGCUGGUACAGGGGAUGGUGUGGCUGGGGAUGGGCUGGUACAGGGCAUGGUGUGGCUGGGGAUGGGCUGGUACAGGGGAUGGUGUGGCUGGGGAUGGGCUGGUACAGGGGAUGGUGUGGCUGGGGAUGGGCUGGUACAGGGGAUGGUGUGGCUGGGGAUGGGCUGGUACAGGGGAUGGUGUGGCUGGGGAUGGGCUGGUACAGGGGAUGGUGUGGCUGGGGAUGGGCUGGUACAGGGGAUGGUGUGGCUAGGGAUGGGCUGGGGAUGGUGUGGCUGGGGAUGGGCUGGUACAGGGGAUGGUGUGGCUGGGGAUGGGCUGGUACAAGGGAUGGUGUGGCUGGGGAUGGGCUGGUACAGGGGAUGGUGUGGCUGGGGAUGGGCUGGUACAGGGGAUGGUGUGGCUGGGGAUGGGCUGGUACAGGGGAUGGUGUGGCUGGGGAUGGGCUGGUACAGGGGAUGGUGUGGCUGGGGAUGGUGUGGCUGGGGAUGGGCUGGUACAGGGGAUGGUGUGGCUGGGGAUGGGCUGGUACAGGGGAUGGUGUGGCUGCGGAUGGUGUGGCUGGGGAUGGGCUGGUACAGGGGAUGGUGUGGCUGGGGAUGGGCUGGUACAGGGGAUGGUGUGGCUGGGGAUGGGCUGGUACAGGGGAUGGUGUGGCUGGGGAUGGGCUGGUAUGGGGGAUGGUAUGGCUGGGGAUGUGCUGGUAUGGGGGAUGGUAUGGCUGGGGAUGUGCUGGUAUGGGGGAUGGUAUGGCUGGGGAUGUGCUGGUACGGUGGAUGGUAUGGCUGGGGAUGUGCUGGUACAGGGGAUGGUGUGGCUGGGGAUGUGCUGGUACAGGGGAUGGUAUGGCUGGGGAUGUGCUGGUACAGGGGAUGGUAUGGCUGGGGAUGUGCUGGUACAGGGGAUGGUUUGGGUGGGGAUGGGCUGGUACAGGGGAUGGUGUGGCUGGGGAUGUGCUGGUACAGGGGAUGGUGUGGCUGGGGAUGGGCUGGUACAGGGGAUGGUGUGGCUGGGGAUGGUGUGGCUGGGGAUGGGCUGGUACAGGGGAUGGUGUGGCUGGGGUUGGGCUGGUACAGGGGAUGGUGUGGCUGGGGAUGGGCUGGUACAGGGGAUGGUGUGGCUGGGGAUGGGCUGGUACAGGGGAUGGUGUGGCUGGGGAUGGGCUGGUACAGGGGAUGGUGUGGCUGGGGAUGGGCUGGUACAGGGGAUGGUGUGGCUGGGGAUGGGCUGGUACAGGGGAUGGUGUGGCAGGGGAUGGGCUGGUACAGGGGAUGGUGUGGCUGGGGAUGGGCUGGUACAGGGGAUGGUGUGGCUGGGGAUGGGCUGGUACAGGGGAUGGUGUGGCUGGGGAUGGGCUGUUACAGGGGAUGGUGUGGCUGGGGAUGGGCUGGUACAGGGGAUGGUGUGGCUGGGGAUGGGCUGGUACAGGGGAUGGUGUGGCUGGGGAUGGGCUGUUACAGGGGAUGGUGUGGCUGGGGAUGGGCUGGUACAGGGGAUGGUGUGGCUGGGGAUGGGCUGGUACAGGGGAUGGUGUGGCUGGGGAUGGGCUGGUACAGGGGAUGGUCUGGCUGGGGAUGGGCUGGUACAGGGGAUGGUGUGGCUGGGGAUGGGCUGGUACAGGGGAUGGUGUGGCUGGGGAUGGGCUGGUACAGGGGAUGGUGUGGCUGGGGAUGGGCUGGUACAGGGGAUGGUGUGGCUGGGGAUGGGCUGGUACAGGGGAUGGUGUGGCUGGGGAUGGGCUGGUACAGGGGAUGGUGUGGCUGGGGAUGGGCUGGUACAGGGGAUGGUGUGGCUGGGGAUGGUGUGGCUGGGGAUGGGCUGGUACAGGGGAUGGUGUGGCUGGGGAUGGUGUGGCUGGGGAUGGGCUGGUACAGGGGAUGGUGUGGCUGGGGAUGGGCUGGUACAGGGGAUGGUGUGGCUGGGGAUGGGCUGGUACAGGGGAUGGUGUGGCUGGGGAUGGGCUGGUACAAGGGAUGGUGUGGCUGGGGAUGGGCUGGUACAGGGGAUGGUGUGGCUGGGGAUGGGCUGGUACGGGCUGUGCUCUUAGCCCCAACCUCUCUGUGCCCCGAGCUGUCUGCACGGCCCUGA